UUUUUCAAUGUUUUGGAUUUCGCGCUUUUCGAUUCUUUCUUUAUUUUUCAUUUUUGAUUUGAUUUUUAUUUUCAAAAUUUAAUUUAAUUUGGUUUUUCUGUUUUGAUUGUUGAUUAUAAUCAUGUCAUCGAACAAUACAUCGGAAUUUUCUUCAACACAAGAAAGUCAACAAUCAUCAUCAUCAUCACAACGUAUUACAUUAUUUUCUGGUGAAAUACAAAAUACAAAAUUCUUAUCACCAGUAUUAAAAUCGAUUAAUAUUGAUAAAUUUAUACAAAUAAUUGUAACCGAAUGUGGUAUAAAAUUUAUCUGUGAAAAUUAUCAAACAAUACAGGCAACAACAUUUAUUGAUCGUAAUUUAUUUGUUAAAUAUCAUAUGGAAAAUGAAAAAACACCACAAACAAUACGUAUUUUGACCACUGAGUUAUUACAUGUUUUAUCAUUUUUAUUAACAAAACAAAGUAAUCGUUAUCAACAACAACAACAACAACAAUCAAAAUCAUCUUUAAUAAUCAAAUAUGAUAAUGAUAAACGUUUAAAAUUGAAAAUAAUAUCAAAUGAUCGAUUAUUUAAAAGCUCAAUACAAACAUUAGAUACUAUUAAUAUUAAUGUUUGGACAAUGGCAUUUGUUAAUCGUAUUACAUUAGAUGCAUCAGUAUUGAAAGAUUUUUGGAAAUUUGCCAAUACAAAUGCCGAUUCUAUUUCAAUUGAAAUGAAUAAUGAUGAACCAUGGUUUUUGAUGAGUACAAAAUCACAAUUUAGAGAAUUUUCACAACAAAUUGAUGCAUCAUCAACUCAUAUUGAACAUUAUGAAUGUACUGUACCAUCGAUUAAUCAUUAUCAAAUGAAAUCAAUAAAAUAUACUGUACGACCAUUAAUGUUAGCCGAUAAGAUUAAUAUUCGUUUUAGUUCAGCUGGUUUGCUUAAUAUGCAAUUUUUUAUACCAAUCGAUUCGGUAAUCGAUGAUAGUCAUUUUGAUGAUGGUGAUGGUCUACAACAACAACAACAACAACAAAGACAAAUAAUUCAUUCAACAACAACUGCAUCCGAUUCUCAACGAUGUUUUGUCGAAUUCUUUAUAAUACCAAUUAUAUAAUUAUUAUAAUGUAAAAUUUUUAAAAUUAAUUUAAUUCAAUU